UACCACCUCUACAACCACCAUCAACCACUAUAACAACUACAAAUUUCUUUCAUUCUAACAUGGCAGCUACUUCAGUCUUCAUGGCAACCCCCGUUGCACGUCUCACCACCAUCCCUUCAUCUAGAAGAAACAUCAACUUUGCUGUCGUCAGGUGCAUGUCACAACCUUCACCCGACGCUUCCAAAACUCCAGCAGCACCAACUCCGCCGCCAAUGAACACUCCACCUCCGCCACCACCGGCGCCGAAGGUCAGCACCAAGUUUUCCGACGUGUUGGCGUUCGGUGGGCCUGCACCGGAGAGGAUUAACGGAAGGUUGGCGAUGAUAGGGUUUGUGUCAGCGAUGGCUGUAGAGUUGAGCAACGGUCAGGAUGUGUUCGCUCAGAUCGCACACGGUGGAGUUCCGGCGUUUGUAGCGACGAGUUUGGUACUGUCGGUGGCGUCGUUGGUGCCGUUGUUUAAAGGGGUGAGAGCGGAGUCGAAGUCGAGUGGGUUGAUGACGUCGGAUGCAGAGCUGUGGAACGGUCGGGCUGCGAUGUUGGGUUUGGUUGCUUUGGCUUUCACCGAGUAUGUUACCGGCAGUCCGCUUGUUUGAUAAAAUUUUGUAAAGAUACAAAAAAAAAAAAAAGAACAAAGAGACCAUGAAAGUUUGAAUAUAC